CCCCGAGCCGCUCGCUGGGUCCGGCGCCUGAGGGAAGAGGCCGGUCCUUUCCCGGCCCUUUCCCGGCCUUUUCCCGGUCCUCUCCCGGUCUUCCCGGUCCCCCUGUCCUCGGCGGGGAGGCAGGGGGAUGAACGGCACCUCGAACCCGCUCCUGGACCGGGAGGAGCACGGGCUGAAGCUGGGGGAGAGCUUCGAGAAGAGGCCCAAGUCCUCCUUCCACACCAUCCGCUAUGAUUUUAAACCAGCAUCCAUAGAUACUUCUUGUGAAGGGGAGCUUCAAGUUGGCAAAGGAGAUGAAGUCACAAUUACACUGCCCCAUAUUCCAGGAUCAACGCCUCCGAUGACUGUGUUCAAAGGAAAUAAGAGACCCUAUCAGAAAGACUGUGUUCUAAUUAUUAAUCAUGACACUGGCGAAUAUGUCCUAGAAAAGCUCAGUAGCAGCAUUCAUGUCAAAAAAACGAGAGCUGAAGGGAGCAGUAAAAUCCAGGCCCGGAUUGAACAGCAGUCUGCCCGAGGAGCACAACCCCCUCCACCAUUCAGAGCCCCAACAAAGCCGGUGGCGGGGCCCAAAACCUCCCCCUUGAAAGAUAACCCAUCCCCUGAGCCCCAACUGGAUGACAUCAAGAGAGAAUUAAGAGCCGAAGUGGAAAUCAUCGAACAGAUGAGUAGCAGCAGCGGGAGCAGUUCCUCCGACUCAGAGAGCUCCUCGGGAAGUGACGACGAAAGCUCCAGCAGUGAGGGAGAGGAAGCGGCCCGUGCCUCCCCGUCGCACCCUCCGCCCCCCCAGAGCAACAACAGAAGUUCUGUUGCCAAUGGCACCAGCCGACCACAAGGAAGCAACCAGAUAAUGAACACCCUCAGAAAUGACUUACAGUUGAGUGAGUCCGGCAGCGACAGUGAUGACUAGAGCCUUAGGAUUCUGAAUUGGCUUUUUGCCGCACGGUCCCCAGAAGCGACCAGGAGACUUAGCCGGGAACCUGUUACCAAGGAGGAAGCUGUUUUAGUAUUGCUUUUCAACUGUAAAGAAUAUGAAUUUGGGCUCCCUAAAGCAACCCAAUCUGUUCAAACUGAGAAGCAAACUGAGGAUGAUUUUUCUUGUGUGUAUAUUGUGAAUAUUCCCACGCUUUUAUAGUUUUACAUAGGUCUAUAAAACACGUAAGCAGAAUUCUGGUCUCACUUAAACAUUGGAAAGGAAAAACCCACAGCAUUGUUGAUCAUUCUCUCUUAGCUUCUCUAAGGCCAGGUCUAUAUUAGGUCAAUAACCCACUUCGGAGACUUUGGGUUGGAGUCUGUGAACUCGCAAAUACCACCACCCUAGCAUGUUAUAAAAACCGAUCUGAAUUUUUGCCAAGUUUGCAGACCGUGUAGCAUCAAUGCAGUGUACUGGAUUUUAAAAACCAUUGCAUAAAACUCAUAGGCUAUAAGGUUAAAAACAAGUUUUCGUUUUUAUUUUUUUUCUUUAUGCUUUUAUACUACUGUUUAUGGCUUACCUUCAGGCUGGGUUUUUAUACAGCCGACAGAGAAGUCAUAAAAACGCGCCCCUUUGUGUUGCACAUUUUUUUUUUCCAAAUGCAGAAAAGACAGAAUCAAACGUGUUUUCAGGAAGCAAGGUUAAAAGUCAGUCAGGCCUAACGCACUCAUCAAAAUGCGUAUAUAGGCUACGGCUCUGCCUCGGGUUCUCUACUGAACAUCUCAUUUCUACAGAGAAAAAUCAAGUUAUUGCCAGAGCAGGUUUUUAUAUCCUUAUGGUUAGCCAUCGUACCGAUAAUGAAAGAAAAUGUGGAUUUUGAUGCCUUCCGUGAGACAGAAGGAAUUAGGGCUACACCUGUGGGCUGUAGGUGAAGGUGGCUCCCUUGUCCUCUCUUCCACAAUGGGGGCAGGGUUGCCCUUCAUCACUUGUGCUUUGCUUGCUUGAACCCCCCUCUUACAAACCUAGCGUGACCAUUUCUGUCUAAUACCACUGAUGAUUUUCAUCUAAAUCUGUGUUAAUGCUUUCCAGUGUGUUUAAUGUCCUUCGUUUCUAUACACGUAUGCAUUUGUUUUGUGAGGAAGCUCUAAAAGAUGGGCCCGGAUCCCAUCCUUAGCCAAGAGGUGGAAUUAGCAGAAUUUAUAUUUCAUAUAUUUAAUUUAUUGGGAAAGGAUUAGUCUAUUAGAUAGUUCUUGAAGUUGCAGAGAGGAUAAAUUGUUCUGCUUGGAGGGGUAAGAGGAAUCUCAGAAAUCCAGGUUCUGACCAGCAGGAUAGAUGGAUAUGGAGACACUAGAGGUUGUAUCUUUCCUCAUUCCCUUCCCGUGUUGUUGUUGUCUUUGCUUUACUCUAAAGAGUAAAAUGUAGGGUUGUCUGUUUUCCCGAGAUGAUGAUUUCAAAGAUCCUGUGCCUAAAAGUUUAUUUGCAUAGUUUGCUUUAUUUUAGGGUAGACGUAUGCAUGUUUACAUUUAUGUAAAAUAUGUGCAGUGUAAAGUUUUAUAGUUUACUCUUUUAAAAGAUCACUAUAUUUAAAUAAAAAAUGAUGAUCAGCAAUCCAG